UACAGAAGAUAUACCGUUUGAAGAGCCAAACCUCGAUUCAAUAGCUGUUCGCGCUCCUUAUGUUUCUCGAAAUGGUGCCUAUGAUAAUCUUGGGACUUCACUGGAAGGUACAACGUUUGGCGUUGACGAGCUGAGCACCGUGGAUCUUUCAAAUGAGGAUUUCAACAGCAUGUUCGAGCAAGUGAUUGCUCAGUCACGUCCAUCUGCUGGUCGCGCUGUCCUGGGCAGUACCGCAUCCGACUCGUACAUGCAUGGCUACGCAAUGGCUGGUCCAAUGAUCAGUGGCGCAGGUGUGUCAAAUCGCUCAAGAUCACCUCCUUUGAAACGACCAGUCGUUACCUCAGUGUACGAGGAAAAUGAGCUGAAACCUUUAUCAAUGGGUUGGUUCAGUAAUAUUCAAAAUAUUUCCAUCUUUUGA